AUCCAGGGAAAUCUAGGUAUCACACAGGUGUUAAACCUAAACACAUAGUGGGGGGUAUCCGUAAGGGAUUGAUGCCUCAAGGGGUUACACAAAGGUAAUCUAGGGAUCGUUCCACUUUUCAUCCUAUUUGACUCGCCUUGCCCAUUGGAUCUAAGUAAAUUAACUACACAUUAUCAUUUGGUAAGGUAACUAUAUAUUGAGAGUUUGACAUCUGAUGUGGAUAUUACAUCUGUGUGGAAUAUCCUGGUGAGUUGUGGAUUUAUUACAUUUGUGGGAGUCUACCUUGGGGAGCUUGCGGAUAUUUUUUAUAAUCAACAUGGAAUCUAUCUUUAAUUAAAAAAAAAAAUAUCUGGAAUCACUUGAAGCUGGAAGUACAUCACUGUUAUGGAUACACGUUUUUUGGAAGAAUCUGUACAGCUAUACACUCACUUGAAGAAAUCUUCCAUCGUGGGAUAUCGCUUUUUUCCUCAAGGCAACGACUAAUUGUUGGACUGUUCAUUACUUUUUCUUUUUCUUUUUCUUUUUUUUGCGCUUUGCACUUGUGGAUACAGCCUGUUCUGGAUUUAACUUUUGGCCGAGUGGAUGGAAGAAACCUUACAGUCAUUACACAUAACAAGAAAGACUGGUGUAGUUCCAAGGUAUCACUGUCAUGUUAGGAUGAGAUUAACUUAAUCAAAAACAGAUUUUGUCCCACAUAUGGACCCUGCACCAAGAAGAUUUCACAAGAACAUAGAGGAUCCAACCACCUGGCCACCAACAAAGUUUGUGGAGCUAUUCUUGCUUUUGCCAUGAAGACAUGAAGAGUGGAUAGUUGGGAUGUAACCCCCUGGAUGUACGCAAUAUGAUACCCUGUGCUGGAUGUACUGAUGUGGAUAGGUGUAGCUGCCAUUCAUUUGGAUUACUCAAGUAUGGAUGUAGCAGUUUGAGACCUCAAUCAGGAAAAAGCACUCUGAGUAUCUUAGAGGAAGCUGAAGACAUUUUUUAAGUAACAUGACACUAAACAAAGAUGACAUCCACUGAUUAUGGAGUUGUAUCCUGCCCACCAGUCCAGGAGGAUUUUAUUUACUCUGAUACGUGUCUGGAGUCUACUAACCUGCGUGAUGUGAAAUAACUUAACAUUAACCCAUGGAAUAUUUUUUCCCCUUGCCAGUAUAAAACUUAAAAAAAAAUUACUGCAAAACGAGACCGAUCCCAUUGGAUGUAUUUUUUCUCUCAGGCUCCAACUUACUGAGUAGUCAACCUGGAAUGUGCCGAUUACCCUGAAGCUCAUCAUCUUUUUAAAACAUUUUUUUUAUUCCAUAUUUAUUUAUUGAGGUUUUAUGUUCCUAUGAUUUUUUUUUUUUCUACAUGUUGCAAAACUCAUAAAGGUCCAUUUCUGUGUAUUUUUUUUUCUUCCUUUUUUCCAUCCAGUGAAGACAAUUAAAUAAGCCUAACUGUGGAUUAUACGUCAACAAUCUACUGGCCUGGUCCUCAGUACAUGAACAUAACAUACAAUGCGAGAAUACGUGAAGCGUUUUUGCCUAGGUCUCUCACAUUCUGACCACCUAGAUUUUAUUUGGAUUAGUUUCGGUAACUUCUUUUCUAAAAGUAGCUCAGAAAGCCGUGAACGUGCGUAUGAUCACAGCCCAUAUGGACACCAUGACCGCAGUGGUACUUUUGACAGACAGCGUCACUACAACGCCGAUUAUUACCGCGAGCGCUCUGUGUUUACUGCUGCUGGCCCGGGCAGCAGUUCUGUUGGGGGAAGCUUUGAGGCGUCAGACCCACACUUUGACUCUAGAAUCCGAGACCCUUUUACUCUUACUAACUCUUCACGACGUGACCUGUACCGAGAUGACAGAGGACGGCGUGUCGAUCGGACUUACCAUCACCGUCGGAGUCGAUCGUCUCACUCCUCACAGUCAAGGCAUCCCUCCCCUCAGCGGACCACGGGGCAACCCCCCAAAACUCCUCAUUCCCCUAAAAAAGCCCCUUUGUCCCCUGGGAGAGGUCCGAGGUCUCGAUCUCACAGCAGAUCUUCAAGCUCUGAUUCAGUCAGCAGCACAAGCAGCACAGGCAGUGGCAGUGAUUCAAACAGCAGCUCAAGUGAUGGAUCGCAGGCUCGUUCUGUUCAGUCAUCAGCUACACAUGCACCACCUCAGUCCUCUAUGGCGCUUGACUCUGAAGAGCCCCGUAGGAGCUUUGGGAUUAAAGUGCAAAAUCUACCAGUACGCUCAACAGACACAAGUUUGAAAGAUGGACUUUUCCAUGAAUUCAAGAAACAUGGGAAAGUGACUUCAGUACAGAUCCAUGGAACAUCAGAAGACCGCUAUGGGUUGGUAUUCUUCAGACAACAAGAGGAUCAAGAAAAAGCCCUUAGUGUCUCUAAAGGAAAGCUGUUUUUCGGCAUGCUUAUUGAAGUCACUGCCUGGAAUGGACCAGAAACAGAAAGUGAAAAUGAGUUCAGGCCUUUGGAUGGGCGAAUAGAUGAAUUCCAUCCGAAGGCCACAAGGACACUGUUUAUAGGGAACCUGGAGAAGACCACCAGUUACCAACAGCUUCUUGACAUUUUCCAGCGCUUUGGUGAAAUUGUGGACAUUGACAUCAAGAAAGUAAACGGAGUUCCCCAGUAUGCCUUUGUCCAGUAUUCUGAUAUUGCCAGUGUUUGCAAGGCUAUAAAGAAGAUGGAUGGAGAGUAUCUGGGAGCCAACAGACUAAAGCUCGGUUUUGGAAAGAGUAUGCCUACAACAUGUGUUUGGCUUGAUGGGUUAUCAGCCAAUAUUACAGAGCAAUACCUCACGCGGCAUUUCUGUCGCUACGGACAUGUAGUUAAGGUGGUGUUUGAUAGAUUGAAGGGGAUGGCCCUCAUCUUGUACAACAACACCGACUUUGCUCAGACAGCUGUAAGAGAGACCAAAGGUUGGAAGAUUGGUGGCAAUAAAAUAAAGGUGGAUUUUGCAAGUCAAGAGAGUCAGAUGGCUUUCUACAGAUCCAUGCAGGCAUCCGGUCAAGACAUUAGAGACUUCUAUGAAAUCCCUCCUGAACGACGAGAGGAUCGCAGAGCUCCGUAUCAUGAAUUUGCAGCAGAAAGGGCUUACUAUGAGAAUAUACGAACCCCUGGCCUCUAUACAGAGGACACUCGAAGAGAGUAUGCUGCCCGCAGCAGAGACCGGUUUCCUGAACUUGAACAUUAUCAAGGGGAUCAUUUUGACCCACGCUAUCAUGAAGACCCAAGAGACUACAGGGAUUACAGAGACCCCUUUGAGCAAGACAUCCGGAAGUACACAUAUAUUCAAAGGGAACGAGAAAGGGAGCGAGAGCGUUUUGAAGCUGAUCGCAGCAGGUGGAGCCCUUCCCAUCCAAGGCGACCUAUUAGUCCAACAGUAUCACCUUCAGCAUCUGAGCGGGUUCCUAGAGACUCAGAACGACGAGUUUACAGCCAAUCCUCUGAACGAAGUGACAGCGUGAGUUCAGUGUCACCACCACAUUUUGAUAAAUCUGAAAAGACCCUGCUAGAACAUCCCUCCAAGAGCGAGAAGAGCAGUCAGUCAGAUCGUUUAUCUGGAACUGAGAAAACCAAACGUGCAAAACGGAAAGAGAAAGGCGACAAAGCUGAAAAGAUCAAAUCAAGAAAACCAAAGGGGCAAUCCCCAUCAAACCCAUUACCUGAAACAGAGCCUGAGACUGGUUUCGAUGGAGGGUCUGGAAGAGGAAGAGGAUCAGACCAGGAUGUCCAUGAAAAACAGAAAUGUAAAGGGGAUGGUGAACUUCUUACUAGUACUCUGUUAGUAAAAAAUGAACGAUCUGACCCUCUGAGUAAAAGUGAUGGUUCAGACUUGGAUGGAAGGAAUCGACUCAAGAAACAUGUUAAGUCUGAAACUGAUGGAAAAGAUUCUGCAGUAGAUUUGGAUCGCCGUGCUGCAAGAAAAAGGCGGUUUGGUGACUCUGGAGCAGGAAGGACUGCUCGUCAGAAGAGAAGCAGGCAUGAGGAGGAGGAUGGUAAUCAGUCUUCUGACUUUGGUGCAAGUACAACAUAUUUGAAAGAACUGGAUACAGACAAACACAAAGAUUCCCAGAGGAAAGAUUCAAGACCCAAAGCUGAAAAAAGUGGAACUCCAAAAGAUGGUCAAGAGGAUCUUAAAGUACCAAGAGAGAAAUCAGAGGGAUCUUUGGACCCACUGGAGUCCAGACAACAUCUAGGGCACCCUUCCUCCAGACGAUUUUCACAAGAGGGUAUUGCAGACCAAAACAGUACAAGAGAACCAGACCACCAUGCUUCUGUAAAAAUUGGUCAAAAUUCUGAAAUUAACAAAAGUGCCAAGAAUAAAGAAGACCACAUUGACAUUGAUACCUCUCAAAGUUAUCGCAAACAGAUGGAGCUAAACAGGCGUUUGCAUCAGCAGCAACAGCAGCGCGAGUCUGAGAAAACUGACAAACCAGCUAGUCCCCAAGGAACUGAAACAGAGGACUUGGAGCAUCGGAGCCUCGUGCAUGAAGUUGGUAAACCCCCUGAGGAUGUCACAGAUAAUUUUCCGUCCCACAAAUUAAAGAAACCAGACCAGAUUGACCCCGAGUCAGGGAUAAAGAGAGAGCGUGUUUACAGGAGCUUUAAACAAAAAAGUGAAGAUCUUGACUGGAACACCAGCUCCCCUCCAGGACAUUUCUCAAAUCCUCCAGAUGAGGACUUUGCGGAUCCUCCUCAGAAAGAGUUGAGCCGAAAUGAUGAAAAAUCUCACUCAGAUCUGGAGCUAUUAGUCAAAAGGACACAUAACACACACGUUAACAAGACAGGUACUCCUUUACUCAGUGUGGAAGACGAGAAGCAAAAGAGAUGGGAGAGCAGAGUUAAACAAGGCUUGUUACCUGACCUGAACUUUUCUCGAAAUACAAAUAAAAACAUUCACAAUCGCAAACGUUUGGAAUACGCUAUUUGUCGUGACUUGGAGCCUGGGGAAGUACGAUCCGACUCCGAAGAGGACAGAGAGCCCAAACCCCACUCUCCUGUGCCCUCCACAUCUAUGCCUUUUUCUGAAAGACCAAGAGUUUCAGACCCUAAACAAGCACAGCUUGAGAAGAAUAAAUUCUACUCCUUUGCACUUGACCAGACUAUCACACCUGACACAAAGGCUCUGCUUGAGCGUGCAAAAUCUCUGUCAUCUUCCAGAGAAGAUAACUGGUCAUUUUUAGACUACGAUCCUCACUUUGUAAACUUGCGCAACAGAAAAGACACUGAAAAGGUGGAAGCAGCACCAAGACCAACACCUUCCUGGUAUAUGAAAAAGAAAAAGAGUCGAAUUGGAUCAGAAGAUAAACUUGAUGACAGGAAAGAGGAACCUAAGCCAGAGGAACAAGAACGCAGGGAGCUAUUUGCCUCCCGAUUCCUUCACAGUGCUGUCUUUGAGCUGGACUCGAGACGACUUCAGCACCUGGAACGCAAGCAUGAGGAACCUGAGCAAAACAGUCAGCAAGCAGCAGGAGAUGGUGAACUUGACUCAGGACCUGUUGUCCUUUUCCAUAGUCGUUUUUUGGAACUAACACGACUACAGCAACAGAAAAAUAAAACUCAGCAGCUGCAGGAGGCAAAAGAAGACACUAUACCCACAAAUGAAAACAAAGUAGAAAAAGCUCCUGUUCAAGAGCAACAACCUCUGCAGUCACCUGAAACAACAGAAACUACCACAGAGGCAGAAAUUAAACCAAUCAGCCCUGCUGAAAAUGUAGUUCCUGAACCCAAACUCGAACCAACUUCUGUCACUCAAACUGUGAUCAAAGACGUUCCUCCAUCUGAUGACAUAUGUGUUUUGCUAAACCCACCCCAUGAUCCAUGUCUUCCUGUGUCUGUCAAAAAGGAACAAGAAACGGAUCAGGAACAUGUUGUUUCCAUGCAGCACCCACCAAUUGAGACGUCAGAUUCUCUGCCUGUACCCAUUACAGCAUCUGAACCCAACUAUUCAUUGAAUAGAGAUAGACAUUCUCCAGCUGAGGCAAAGCUGGAUAUUGUUAUUGAGGAUGUAAAACCUCCAUUCACAGAACCUUGCCACGAGUCUCACGAUGAGCUUGUUAGCAAUUCUGAACCAGAGCUGGAUCCUGAGGCAACACAACCAGAAGUACCUGUAGCCAGUAGUCCAGUACAGCCUAGUCUUGUUGAGCAGUUGGAAGUAUCCAAGAAAGAGACUCCAUCCACGUGUAAACUAGGAUCAGAAAAUGAAGGUGACAUAAAAUCUCAAGCUGGUAAAGUACAGGUACCAGUUGACAGUGAAAGAAAUGAUGAACCAGUCUUAUCUCAGAAAGAAAAUAAAACAAAAGAAAUAAAAAAUAAGAAGUAUAAAUCUCUUGCACAAGUUGCUUCUGUUCCUGUAGCAUCUGCACCAGGUAUUGAGAAACAAGCAACACGCAAGAGUGAGCGCAUUGACAGAGAGAAGCUGAAACGUGGUUCAUCCCCGAGAGGUGAGUCGAGGUCCACAGGCAAAUCUCCAAUCCAUGGAUCAGAUCCCGAUACCUCUGAGCACAGCAUGCCAGUAAGCAGAGCAAGACGAAGAAACGUUAAAUCCGUCUAUGCCACCCCAUUUGAAGAUGAUAUACCAGUUCGUUCCGGAAAGGAUGUGGAGUCGCCACGCUCUGCCCGAAAACGUGGUACAGACAAAGAUGCCAUACAACAAAAUACUGAACCAGAUCCACCAGCUCCAACACAUGCAAAUAAACGUGGCCGCCCUCCCAAGAAUCGCAGGCAAGGUGAUGAUAGUGCAACUGCUAAAGUAGAAAAAUCUAAACUGGAUGGUAAAGACACGGAUUCAAAUGAAUCAGAAAGUGGUGAACGUAUUCCAAGAAUGUCAAAAGGGAGAACGCCACCUUAUGACACAAAGGGUUCAUCAAAUCAGAUGCCCACAUCCCUAGGAUCUGGAUCAACAAGGAAGGGGGACAAAACUGAGGCAGCUGAUGAUAAUGGUCAGGAAAAUGAUUUCACGUAUGAAGAUACCUCGCCUUUGCAAGAGUCAUCAGUUUCAGGUAAAGAAGAGCCAUCACUGAAAAGUGAUGAAAAGAAAGAGGAGAUGGUCAAACAAGGCAUAGAAUUGGCCAAAGGUAAAGAUGUUCUCCAUGAAAAGGUACAUGAUGACAAAUCAAAUGGAAAAGAGACAGAUGCCGCCAACCUGGAAGAGAAAACCAUGUCAGAAAAAGAGAAAACUCUUAGAGGAAAAGCAAGGAAUUCAAAGUCACCAGUCCUCAAGAACCUCAAAAUCAGACUGCAUGCAACAGAGGUGAAAGACCUUCUUCAGUUAGGAGAAGAAGAGCCUGGGACUCCAGAAGACUCUUCAAAAAGGCUUAGACAUGGUGACCACAGUGAACAGGUUUUAAAGUGCACAAAUGCUAACACAGGAGGCUCCAGCAAUGAAGAAAAUGAAAAUACAGCUUCAGACCAAACGGAGCUCCUGGGAACAUCAAAAAGUGUAAUUUCACAGGAGCUGGAACUGGAGCAAGCUGUGGAGAACAUUGCUAAACUAACAGAUCCAACCUUUCCAACAGAACCAACACCACCUGUCCCCCAUACAGAUGUAAAAAGUGACCCAGAGGAAGAAAAACCAUCUAAUUCUGCCAGUGAGUCAGAACUGAUGGCUGCUAUUGAUUCAAUAACCCAGGCACCUCCAGCAAAUCUAGAUGUAGUCUCAGAACCUGAGAUUCAAGACUUGGUUCAGCACAUUAAGGAAGAUGAAACAAAUACAUCCUCUGUGCAGGAGGAACCCACUUUCCCAAACACACCCAAAAAGGGCCCCAAGGGAAGACCUAGAACACUUAAACGCUCUAAAAGCCAGAAGCAAGUAAGAAAGGAUUUGAAAGAUGGACAUUUGUUACCUGAGGAACCGGCAACCCCAUUAGCAGAUAGUACAGCUUCUGAUGCAAAGGUUGUUUCUGAGACACCUGCUGCUGCAGCAACUACAGCAGUUAUUACUCCUGCUACUUGGAAGACAGAACCUGAAGCCUCAGCAGUCAAAGCUACAGAUGUAAACACAGAGACAGAGUCAUCUUCAGAAGAACACAUUCAGCAUUUUAAGCCUCUUUGCCCGCUGUCCAAGAGUCCAAUAUGCACAAAGCCACAGCACUUGCCAUCUGAGUGCAACUCCCCUUCUCUGUCACCACACGCUAACAAGCCAAAUGUCAGACCCAUUCAAACAAGCAGAAAUCCUGUUUCUCCACCAGACUGGCGCCACCAGUCUAAAGAUACCAGUGCCUCUUCCUUACCGAUCAUGCCAUUACCAACCAAGGAAAACCAGCCUUUACCAUCAGAGUCUGAAAACAAGGAUAUUGAUCAUGGCACAAGUGACUUGAGACAGAUUUUAAUCAAACAUAAAACUAGUUCACUGACAAGCAGCAGUUCUGUUUCAAGUAAUCUGCCAAACCUUCGAGAUCAGAACCUAUCUGAAAGUAAUUCUCAGCUCACAGCCAUUGUGUCAAACAAGUCAUCACUGUCUGAUAGUAAAAUAUCAGUGCAUUCUGCCCCACCUAUUGUUAGACCUCCACAAACGACUCCUGAGACAAAGUCUGUGAUCUCUGUUAUUGCAUCCACUGCCACAUCUGUUAUCAGCCGUGUUUGCAAUCCUUCUGAGCCUGAGGACAAGGUGAACAUGAACAUUGUUGACAUGCCUAUAGCCAAACCAACUUAUAGGCCCAGCAAAGAUGAUGCUGGGUCAUACCCUGGGCUGCCUGCUGGUGAUGAAGGAGGAAAUGCUACACGCUUCAUUAUUGAGAGCCCCACUCUUAGCACUGGAUCUUGCCCAGGUCUGAGAGUAAAUACAUCUGAAGGAGUGGUGGUAUUGAGCCAUUCGGGUCAAAAAACAGAGGGACCCCAGCGAAUUAGUGCAAAGAUAAGUCAGAUCCCAUCAGCAACACCAAGUGAGAUGGAAUCUCAGCAACUGGUAUCCAUGCCCAAGCAGGAUUUGUAUUCCCAGUCAGGGCUUCAAAAAGGGCCUUCAUCACAGACGGAUCAUGGGCAUCCCAGUAAACAUCAGUCAGGAUUGUCUUCAAUUAAACAAGAAAACACUGGUUUUCAAAAUAUGGAUUACCAAUCUGGACCUCAAGGAGUAGUGAAGCGUCUGCCACCAAGCAACCAGCAGGUAAUAGGUUACCAUCAAGAUUACAUGCCUUUAAAACAUCCAAAGAAAAUGGAUAGUGCUGAUCCUCAUGGUACAGAUGGAACCAAACCGCCUUGGACCUCUGCCGUAAGCCCUGCAAUAAGCCCCCAUUUGCCCUCUCCACCUGGAAACCACGUAGGUUUUAGUGAUAGAACUCCUUCACAUCUCGGUGGGGUCAAGCAGGAACCACGGUCUCCACGUAAGUCAGGCCACCCACACUCUCAAUUUGUCUCUUCACCCAUUGGUUCCUCAUCACCCAAGGGUAUUCCAGGUAUGUUAUCCACUAGCCAUCCUGCCAUGCAACAGUUUAUUGCUGGCGUGCAUCAUCCCGAGCAGUCUGUUAUCAUGCCACCUCAUAGUGUGCCUGGAGGCUUGGGACGAAUGUCUCCACAUUGUGUUACUCAGUCAAUUCAAGUGGGGCAUCUGGUCCAGGGAGAUGUCAGAGUCAAUACUCCACCUCUUUCUGUGAUGAGCUACGGCAUACACAAUGAGUCGCUCAGCUCCCCUUGGUCUGGUGCCAUGCAGCCACGGCCUACCUCACCUCAGGCUGUUGGCAGAGACAAGGUUCUCAAAGUAAACCCAGGUUCUUUGCGGAGUCAUGAGGGGGAACAGGAAGAAUCAAGACACUUCCACCAGACAGGCAGACCAUCUCCUGCACAGCUGAAGCUGGACACUCUGCAGCCCGAUCCACGUGGGAGUUUGCGGAAUAGUAGCCAUUUGGACAAAACAUACAUAGCACAGAGAGACAUGCGUGUUCUUUUGCAUCAACAGGGGGAUCGUUCAACCGCAGACUCUCAUUCUGGACACAUUCAGGAGACCUCUCUAUCUCCAAGAGCACAUGCUUUGUCUAAAGGUGUGUCCGAUAAGGAUAUAACAAAGUCUUUAGAGGCAAAGAGGGCCCACUCUCCACUUCCUAAGGAUGGAAUGAUGGGAAUCAGACAAUCCGGACAAGCAAUGGCAUCUCCCCAGAGGGUUCAGCUGAUGCCACCUGGACCUAGUGGUUCAUUCACAGACUACCCGGGGAUGUACUCAAACCCGAGAGGAAUCCAUUCUCAAAUGCCUGAAGCGUCUGCUGUUGGACUUACCCAGCCGCCAAUGAAUGUCACACCUGCUGCGGGUGCGGACCACCAGGCAAAAGAUGGCAAGAUGACACAGCCUGUUAAUAUGGUGCAGUUACUCACGAAAUACCCUAUUGUGUGGCAAGGGUUGCUUGCACUUAAAAACGACACAGCUGCAGUCCAGCUGCAUUUCGUCUGUGGCAACAAAGCUUUGGCUCAUCGAUCACUGCCCCUACAAGAAGGAGGUGCAUUGCUUAGAAUUGUCCAGAGGAUGAGACUGGAGGCUUCACAACUGGAGAGUGUAGCCAGAAGAAUGACAGGAGACACAGACUACUGUCUCCUCCUUGCUCUGCCUUGUGGACGAGAUCAAGAUGACGUCCUGAACCAGACCCAAGCUCUUAAGGCAGCGUUCAUCAAUUACUUGCAGACAAAGUUGGCUGCUGGUAUUAUCAACAUCCCCAACCCAGGUUCCAAUCAGCCCGCCUAUGUCCUUCAGAUUUUCCCUCCAUGCCAGUUUUCAGAGAGCCACUUAUCCCAGCUCGCCCCCGACCUUCUCAACAGGAUUUCAAGCAUCUCGCCACAUCUCAUGAUCGUCAUCACCUCUGUGUGAAGUCCACUGCUGGGAGGAUGGAUCUUCUCGUUGAUGAGCCUCAGGAAGCCAGAGGAAUAUUUUUCCUGUUUUUUUCCUGGACACAGUGGGAAUGUGUAGGAUAAGUCCUAUCAACAAAUUUUUGUUUCUUCUUUCCUCAUCAGUCUUUUUUUUUUUUUUUUUUGCUUUUAUUUUUGUUUUUAUGUUUUUCCCCCCUCUCUCGUCACUCCUGUCUGGUAUAUUUGUCCUUCUCAAAAGAACUCAGGGAUGGAUCAAACCAGAAUGAGUCUUACUUGACCAUUUCUCUGCUGUAUUUCUAUUUAUUGGAGUUUUAUUUUAAUAUUCGGAGAUGCUCUGAAGAAGAAGGAAGAAAAAAAAAAAAGGAUGGUUGUUGAACGACUCUCUGAGGGGCCUGUUUCUUUCAUCUGUCCUCAUUGAUAUUGGUUCAGAAAUGAGGAUCUUUGAGGUUCCUCAGCAACAGAUCAGACAUUUCAUCAUGUAAUUUUAAAUAAUUCUGUACAGACUUCCUCGCCCAGGCCUUUUCUUUAGAGGAAGGAGGAUUAACUUGUAAAACUUUGGUGACCCUGUAGAAGACUUUGUUCGUUUAACAGCUCCUUUAACUCCACCAGCUCUGCUCAUGUUCUCACACUACUGAAGCAGUUUACCCCUCUGUCACCUGCCUUUGCAUUGAACAAGCUACAGUUUGAUUUGGGAGUUUUUGAACAUGGGACUUUGUAAAUAUUUUAAAUAUUUAAAAGGAAUUAAAAAAAAAUGGACCCAACGUGGACAGCUUAACAGAGAGACUGGGACUCUGGGUCGACCAGAACACAGAGUGUGGAAAUGUAGAUGGACAGAUUCUUAAUUUUUGGGUGUAAAUACUUGUAACAGAAGAAGGUUGGCAAGCUCAUGUGAGUGGAGUCUGCUAAUGGCACUUCAUAUUUUGUAACUCAAAUAAACUCCAGAAAACAUGGAUAUCUAA